GUGAACUUCAUACUGAUAAACAUGGCGUUCUAAAAAAACAUUGCAGUGAUGGAAAGAAUGUGGGCCUAUGUACUCGUCUGCCAGUCGACGUUGAUGAAAAGUGUUAUUGUAUUACACAAGAAUGUGUUUUCGGACAAUUCAAUGCACCAACAACAAUGUCAACAACUUCUCAACCGACGACAGCUGGACCAACAGUUGUUGCAUCAACGACAAUCCUAAAAACAACUAUGCAACCAACAACGGUCCAACCAACAACGGUCCAACCAACAACGGUCCAACCAACAACGGUCCAACCUAACACUGCAGGGGCAACGACUGGCAAUUCAUCCAGUACAGUAGGUUUAACAAACACUACAACGGUCCAAGCAACUUCGUCUAUCCCAACAACCACUGUAGUAACAGUUGUUACAUCAUCUACAAAUAAAACAUGCACUGAUGAUCAGGAUUCCAAUUUUUCUUGUGCUGUAUAUGAAAUGAAGUACGAUUUAUGCAAAGCUACUACUGGAACACUGUUCAAUAUAGCUCAAAAACGGUGUCAAGCAUUUUGCGGAAUAUGUGCAGGGAACAACACUUCCGGAACUCCACCAGCUUUCUUACCUACACAGCCUACAUGUAUCGACCAUGAUGCAAGAUGUUCUCAGGCCCAAUUUCAGCAAAUAUGUUUAUCUGCUGUGUCUCAGAAUUUUGUUAUUUCAACAUGCCCAAAGUCAUGCAAUAAAUGUGCAGAGUACUUGGCAUCUCUGAAUCGUAAGUAA